AAACUGGCCAAAGUGCCUAAAGCUGUCAAAUAGUGGGGUCAAAAAUACAAUAUUAGGUCAAGUAAAAUACAAAGUAAGCUGGAGUAAAGUAGAAGUUUCAGAAAAUGGUAGCACUUAAGUAAAGUGCAUGUAUUGUGCUGUCCACCUUGCAUAUGAAGGUGUAAAAACAGCAUUUGUUUACAGUAGGCCCAUGCAAAAAAGAGAAGAGGUGUACAGAGGGGUGUGGUGAUGGAAAGUAAACAGCAGCCCGUGUAGACUAAGCAAGGGCGGGGUGCUAUCACACGCAUAUGUCAGUUGAGACUGUUAAUAAUAUGCAGGUGAAAUGAGGAGGAAAGAAAAUACUUUGUGGGAGGGACAGGACGUUUAUAACUGCAGCAGGUGUUCUACAGACUCGCUUUAAGCUGUCUAUCCGUUUCUACAGUAAUAAAAGACUCAGCAGAGAGCGCUGGAAGGCUUCUGGGAUGGUGUUCUCAUCAUGUACUGUCAUAAUACUGUAAAUGGGUUGAAGCACCUGUGCAGCAGAAGUCAGGUCAUCAGCUGGGAUGACAUGCAGUGUGUGCACAACGCCUUCUAUUGUGAAGUUAGUCUGAUAUUGGUGCAGCCAACAGCCAACAUCUUCUUUGUAAAUACGUGCAAUUUAAGAAUAUUUCCAAGUGAGUUAUGGAUUUAAAUUAACCCCAGCUGCUAUUGUCCUCGGGCCACAGCAAAACUAUGUGCUUAAACACCAGUUGGACAAUCCCCCUGACGAGUCGUACCGGUUUUUCCAAGACCUGGUAACGUGAAACCAACUUCCAUGCCGAUUGGUGUCGUGAUUCAGAAGCUCCAGUAGUCUUGGUGACGGGGAGCCGUACUCAUCUCGCCCUCACCUGCCAUCUUCAAAUUAAUAAGAAAGAAAAUAACACCGCUAAGGAUGCUUUUUAUGUGACUACACCUAUUUCCCGACAACGGUGGCAGCCUGCAUGACUGGAAAAAUGCAUCAUCAUCGGAGCAACACACCCGUGUCUUGGCCUAUCAGAAACAUUUCCUAAGAAGUGGAAGUGUGUCUGUGUGUUCAUAUCAUACCCUUCCUACAAAUCCCCGUGCUGAGAUUGUGAUAUACUGGGAUAUUAAAGAUCCUAUCAAGAAGAUGAAGUAAUUCUUCAGCACCACAGCAACACUAGUGGUCCAUAAAGGCGUAUUACAGGGAUUUUUUCAUCUAGAUGACAGUAGCAGGUGUGCAAGGAACAAAUGUGAAAUAUGAAUAUCCUGCCCUGACUCCUUCACACACCCUAGAGAUAAAGGUAGGUUAACUGUAGGAUCAACAGCAGCCAUGCACAGCCCUGCUCCGGAAAUUGUGGCAGGGUACCCAAGUGGGUGUGUGGUGGAUAAAGAUGUCAACCCGGAGACAACCCUGGGGAGUGCCUACUCUCCAGUGGACUACAUGAGCAUCACCAGCUUCCCCAGGCUGCCAGAGGACGACGCGCUGUCAGGGGAAAACACCCUGAAAUCUCGCAAAGAUGAGGACAACGUCCUGAGUGAGCAAGACACAGACCCAGAUCUGUUUUUGAAGUCGGCUCGCCUCCAGCGUCUCCCCUCCUCAGCUUCCGACCUGGCCAGCCACGAUAUGGCGUCCCUGCGGGAGACGACCAGAGACCCCUUUACCGAAGAAUGUGCCUGUCAGCGAGACGGACUGACGGUCAUCAUCACAGCUUGUCUCACCUUCGCCACAGGAGUCACUGUAGCUCUCAUCAUGCAGAUCUACUUUGGAGACCCACAGGUCUUUAACCAAGGGGCAGUGGUGACAGAUGUGGCACAGUGUACAUCUCUUGGCUUCGACGUUUUGGGGAAGCACGGGUCCAGUGUUGACGCUGCCAUCACCGCUGCCCUCUGUUUGGGGAUUGUUCACCCUCACACGUCUGGUAUUGGAGGCGGUGGAGUUAUGUUGGUGCACGACAUUCGUAAAAACGAGACGAGGGUCAUUGACUUCAGAGAGACGGCACCAUCUGCCAUCCAUGAGGAUAUGCUGCAGCCGAAUCUUGAUCUAAAUCCCGGCCUGCUGGUGGCAGUACCAGGCAUGCUCAGUGGCCUGCAUCAGGCACACCAGCUCUACGGCAGAAUGCCAUGGAAGGAUGUGGUUACCAUGGCAGCCGACGUGGCCAGAAACGGAUUCAAUGUGACUCAUGACCUAGCCGAAGCUCUGGCUAAAGUUAAGGACCAAAAUGUGUCGGAUGCAUUUCGGGAUUUGUUCCUCCCCAACGGCCAGGCUCCCCUCUCCGGGCUGUUCACCAGGCGUCUUGAUUUAGCAGCCAUCUUAGAUGCUGUCGCAGUAAAGGGGAUAUCAGAGUUCUACAGUGGAAACCUGACGCAGGAAAUGGCAGCAGCAGUGCAAGCAAGAGGCGGAGUGCUCACAGAGGACGACUUUGCAAACUACAGCACAGUCUUACAGCAACCAGCAGAGGUCACCUAUCAAGGACACCAAGUGAUGGCAGCCCCAGCGCCACAUGCAGGUGUUGCCUUGAUCACUGCUCUUAACAUCCUGGAAGGCUACAACAUUACCAGCCAGGUGCCCAGGAACAGCACCUACCACUGGAUCGCAGAGGCUGUAAAGAUAGCUCUUGGCCUGGCUAGUGGGCUGGGAGACCCCAUGUAUGACACUUCUGUCACAGAGAUUGUCGACAAGAUGCAGAGUAAGCCACAGGCUUCUCUACUCCGCCAGAUGAUCAACGACUCUCAGGCCUUCCCUAUCAGCCAUUACACUCCAUCAUAUACCCUGGAGAAGGGUACAGCAGCCGCCCAAGUCAUGGUCAUGGGCCCAGACGACCACAUCGUGUCAGUCAUGAGCUCUCUAAACAAACCAUUUGGCAGUGGGAUAGUGACUCCUUCAGGAAUCCUCUUGAACAGCCAGAUCCUGGACUUCUCCUGGCCUAAUAAAACACAGGGUUCAUCACAUAACCUGCAUAACAGCCUCCAGCCUGGGAAGAGGCCCAUGUCCUUCCUGAUGCCUACAGCCGUCAGGCCUGCUGUGGGGUUAUGUGGCACAUAUGUAGCUGUUGGAUCUUCCAAUGGAGAGAAAGCUCUCAGUGGCAUCACACAGGUGCUGAUGAAUGUUCUGUCUUCACGUAAAAACAUGAGUGACAGCCUAGCCUACGGAAGACUCCACCCGCAGCUGCAGCCCAACACCCUCCUGGUUGACUCUGAGUUUCUGGAUGAAGAUGUGGAGCUGCUGCAGGCUAAAGGUCACAAGGUAGAGAGAAGAGACGUUCUCUCGUUGGUGGAGGGCACCCGAAGAACCAAUGACCUCAUCAUAGGGGUGAAAGACCCCCGUAGUGCUGAUGCCUCCGCCCUCACUAUGUCCAACAUGCCGUAGUGCACCCCCUUGCCCCAUACUAACACUGUAUGAUUGAUGGAUAGUGAGGAAGUAAGGAGGCUGCCUAUCACCUAACACACUAAGCAUAAGUUAAUGGCAAAGUACAGGUGUUUGACAGAAAAAAACAGUCAACAUAAAGACAUGCAGCUUUGUCUGAGAUGAUUUUGUAGGAAUCUGCUAUAGAUCCUUAGAUAGAUUUUCUUAGCUGACGUACAGAACCUACAAAGGAUCACCAUCUCACAUACCAAUGUUGGUAUGCUCUCUCACAGAGCCUCUUGUUACGCUCAGUUGCGGUAUAGAUAGUGUUUGAAAUGCAUUUCCAUCCCUUGAUGGCAUCAGUUAAAGUCUGUAGCCGCUAUUACACAGAGCAGGACAUAAAGAUGUGAGGAGUAUUCAUAAAUGCAGAUCUGAUGCAUCCCAGGUAAAGAAAGCAAUACAGUCAAGAUAUUUAGAGUGGAUUUACUUAGUGGAUGUUAGAAAUAAAUAGAAAAGUGUAAUGGCUUUAAAGCUAUUUUCACAAUGUUGAAUGAGAACCAGGUUUUGGCCUGUGAGGUACUGAGCGGGACAUCAAUGAUGAACAAUUUUACUCUUUGCAAGAAUGGGCAGAACUGAAAAAGUAAUGAUGCCACACCAUUAAGCUACCAUUUGCACCACGUGCAUGUUCCUCAGUGCACCAGACCCACCUUUCUGCUUUUGAACUCCUCCACUGCAUUUGACACGGAAUGGUGAAAGUCAUAAUAUUUAAACCGGUGACUAAGCCUUGCAUUGUCACACCUGAAUUAGACUGUCCUGAUCUGAACACUGAGGCUAAACUACUCACUACCCUGCUGUUUAUAUUGUGUUAAACUGUGAUUAGAUGUUGUUUCGUACAGCUGCUGAAGUUUUAACUGUCGCGAACAAUCAAUGGCUCCUUGGGACCAUGUUAAGACUUCAUUAUUAUUAACACAGAAUACACCAUUCCAAAUUAUUCAUUGAUUUCCUUAAAUAAAGACUUACUUCAGUUUCAAAGGUGUUAAAUAUUGCUAAUGAUAGAAUAUGCAUUUUUAAAGAUAUAAUUUAUGAAAUUUCAGUUGUUGCAUGAUUUGUUCUUAUUUAAGUUUGUGGCCAACAUUUUUAAUAUAGAGCGGGAUAUUAGUUUGUAGAAUGGGAAUAAUCUGAUUCUUGAUAGAUGGAUUGAAUGUAUCUGUCUAAUUUUAUAGGAACAUUUGUUGGGCUGCACGCAUUAUUUCUGCUGCAUUCAUUCGUCUGUUUUUAGGAAAGGUUAUGUUUACUUUUUGUGAACUUGUGUAAUUAUUUUAGGUAGUAUAUUUGAAGUAAGAACCAACAGGUUUUGUAAAGCAUUGCGUUCUAAAAGUGGUUGAAUUUAAUUCCAGAAUGGUCAAUGCUGGCUAAUCAAACUUGUCCUUAACCUUACUGUUUCUGUUGUCGGGCAUUAGUGCAGUAUGGCUGUUGAUGCUUGUUUCCUGUACUGUAGAGUACCAUGCCUUAAGGCACGCAUUUGCACAACACCUGAUGUUUGAUUCCAUGUGCAUUUUUAUCUGAUUUUAAUAAAAAUCAGCACUGUCCAAACCCAAGAAAUAAAAUACGCACAUCCUGAUGCUGAA